AUGAAGCCAGAUCAAAAGGACCUCUUGGCAAGCGGGGAGCAAGUUCUGGUAGCAGCCGAGGCCACUGCCCUGUCCAGCCCGCAGGAGCCAGGAGAGGAUUUGGCAGUUGUAGCGAGGAAAGAGCUUAACCACGUUCAAAGCGAUGCAGUUCCCUGUGAAUCGCUGGAGACGGAGCCGCUGCUCCCAAAGAAGCCUGCCGCCUCCGUGAGUGACUCCUGGGAACGCCCGGCUGAAAUCCAUGGUGACCAGGCGGGGGAACUGAGCGCCCAGAAGGGACAGGCAAGCGACGGAUGGUGCGUGAUGCACUUGGCAGAAGCCUCUGGCAAUGGUCGAAAGGACAAAAGCGAGGAGCAGCUUGGUCAGCCAGCAGAGAGUCGGGACUUGGACCAUGAAGAGUGGGAAGUUGUUUCCGAGCACCUGGCCUGGGGGGAGGCUGUUAAGAAUGGCAGCGCAGAAGACUCUGACAACAAGGAGGGGGAGCAAGGAGACUGCCCUGAUGGGGACUUGAAAGCUAAGAGAGUUGCAGCUGUGCCCCCGAUGCUUCAGAACAUCCACGUGACUUUCCGCGUGCACUAUAUCACACACUCGGAUGCUCAGCUGAUUGGUGUUACGGGUGACCAUGAGUGUCUUGGCCAGUGGCACAGCUACGUUCCACUCAAGUAUGACAAGGACGGCUUCUGGUCUGAAUCCAUUAUCUUGCCAGUAGACACCAAAGUAGAGUGGAAAUUUAUCUUGGUGGAGAACGGGAAGGUCAGACGUUGGGAAGAAUGCGGUAACAGAACCCUAGUGACUGCACACGAAGAUCAGAUGGCUCACCAGUGGUGGGGAUAUCAUUAAAUAGAUUUUGGAAGCUGCUUAUUUAAUGGCAAGCCUGCUUAGAUAAGUCACGGAACCUCUGAACCUUUACCCCUCUUCCAGUAGAUCAUCUCAAUUGCAGAGCUCUGUACAUCUUGUAUCAAACCUGGUUAAACGGGGUGAGCAGCAGAUCUUGCUGUCUUUAGGAGUUAAUUCAGCAACCUGAAAAGUCAACCUCAAAACCUUCUGAAGAUGUGCAAGGUAGGCUAUGAAGGCAUGAGCAGCGUUCCAAGCAGCUGCCUGUCAGGAUAAAUCUGGACCCUGGACUUAAGUUUGCAUUGCUUUGAGUGCGGUUAUGGGAUGAAUCAUUGUACAAACUGCUUAGGGGCUUUAAAAGCAUACUGGAAAGUGUGGUUGCCUGCACUGUAGUAGGAACUUAAGCAUUUUAACUUAUGUAACGUAUCAGUAAGCAAUAAACACUUUCAGACUGACGGUCCUUCAUAA